UAAUACCUUUCUUUUUACCACAACCCACUUUUUAAAAAGAAAAUAAUCAAGAUGAGCAACCUUGGAGCACUCGAUAUGGCACUUGACGAUGUCAUUUCUCAAAACCGUACAAGCAACAAACGUUCAAAUAACAACACUCGUCGUGGCAACAGCCGUUCUACUGGUGGUGGUGUUAACAAGAACCGCUCUGGAGGUGGUGUUCGUUCUUCGCCCUACAAUGCCAGACCUGCCCGUAACAACAACACAUCAAGAAACGCCAGAUCUGCUGUCGAAACAAGAAACACAAACACUCGUAAUAACAAUAGUCUUGUUGUCGCUAACUUGCAUUUUAAUGUCACCGAAAAGGAUCUCUACGAUCUUUUCGGUCAAAUUGGUCAAUUAAAGAGAGCUUUCCUUCAUAUUGGUCCUAACGGUAAAUCUGCUGGUAUCGCUGAUGUUGUUUUCGUUAAUGGAAAUGAUGCUGAAAAGGCACGCAACACAUACAACAAUGUUGAGUUAGAUGGUCGUCCUAUGCGUAUCACCAACGCCUCUAUUGUCUCUGCUGUGGCUGCUUCUUUACCUUCAAAUAACGGAAGACGUGGUGGUAAUCUUCGUGGUGGCAAUAACAGCACUCGCGAUAGCCGUGAUCGUCGUGACAAUAACACACGUCGUUCUACUGGUGGUAAAAGAGAAAACCGUCCCAAGCCCAGUCAACAAGACUUGGAUGCUGAGAUGGAUAGCUACAUGGGUUCUGCCAACAAUGAAGAUCGUUUCUUUUUCUUUUUUUUUUCUAAAGACAAGAAGGACAAGAAGGACAAGAAGGAUAAAAAGGAUAAGAAGGACAAAAAGAAGAAGGAAAAGACAUUUACGGACGAAUACCUUGACCAAGAAAAAUUUAAGCCUGUGCGUAAUCCUUCAUUCAAUCCUUCUCUCAUCUCUCCCAUCACUUCACCCACACCUUCUAUUCACUCUGGUAAAGAAGAGAAAUGGACCGUCACCUCAAAUAAGUCAAGAGACUCGCUGCCCGCGGUUCGUCCUGAAUCUCCUUUAACUCCCGCUGAACUGCAAGGUUUUGCCUCUUCCAAGUAUCUCCCAAGUGCAGGCUAUGCUCACCUAGACCCCUCCAAACAUAAGAACGCUCAUUCGGCCUUUGAUCAACUACAGAAAGUAGUCAUGGCUGCAGAUCCUCAGCCUCGCACCUCCUCUGUUCCACAGCAACCCACACAGCAACCGUCUCUUCAGAAGCAACAGCAACAGCCUAUUCAACAACAACAAAGGCAGCCUGUCCAGCAACAACAACAAAGGCAGCCUGUCCAACAACAACAACAACAAAGGCAGCCUGUUCAACAACAACAACAACAAAAGCAACCUGCUCCACAGCUACAAAAGCAACCUUCCCCACAACAACCCCGCUCUCGUCCAAAUCGCUUAGAAGACGGUGCUCCCGUUUUACAAUAUGCACGCGCAUUAUGGAGUUAUACAGCUCAGAUUCCAUCCGAAUUAACAUUUGGAGCAAAUGAUAAUUUUGCCAUCCUCAGCAAACAACCGGAUGGUUGGUGGUAUGCUGAAUUACUAGAAAAGAAAAAGCGAGGCCUUGUUCCCGGAAAUUACAUGAAAUAAACCAUAUAAAAAAAAAAAAAAAAAAAAAAAUUUAGAUAUAUUUCUAUUUUUAUAACAAAAAUUAUGUAGUCUUCCUUGCUGAUUGGAUCAAUGGCACUCACAUGGUCUAUUUUAAGCCUUACAAAUGUUCUUUUUUAACCUGUCGUACAAUAUCCUUAAUCAUUUAAUAUAAACUUUUUUUUUUUUUUCCACAAGGCUUUCUUAACUUACGAAACUUGAUAAAAUA